AUGGUUAGACAAGUCACAGUUAUCGGUGCCACAGGUAUUCAGGGCGGGUCUGUCAUUAGAGCCCUAAUGAAAGACAAUGCAUUCUCCCUUACGGCUGUCACUCGCAACAGUCAAAGUGAAGCAGCCAAGAAACUCGCGUCACAGGGUGUUCGAGUUGUUGAGGCCAAUCUCGAUGAUGUUGCUACACUUGAGGCAGCUUUUUCUGGAACAUCAGUUAUUUUCGCCGCGACUAAUUUCUUUGAGCCGUUCAUGAUAUACGACACAGAACAGGCCAUCGAGAUUGAAACGAGACAAGGAUUCAACAUUGCCAAAGCCGCAGCUGCGAUACCGACACUAGAGCACUUUAUCUGGUCGACUCUACCCAACACACACCGGAUUAGUGGCGGCAAGUUCGCAGUGCCUCACUAUGUAAGCAAGAACAGGGUCAAUGACUUUAUCAAGUCGGACCCAGCGCUGCUACGAAAGACAACAUUUCUCUGGGUCGCUGUCUAUGCUUCCAAUAUGAAUUACCCGUUCUAUCGUCCCUUUCCUAUUGCGACAGCUGGCGAGAAGAAGUUCAUCCAGCUCCAACCAACUCCAGCAUCGGUGCAAUUCCCACUUGUGGGUGAUGCAAUGCUGAAUGUGGGCCUCUUCACGCGAGCAAUCAUGGACAAAUCCGAAAAGACGCUUGGCGGUAAAUUUGUUUAUGCGAUGACCGACAUCAUGACCGCCGGAGACAUGCUUGCCACGUGGGCAGCAGUGCAUGGUGUCGAGGCGGAAUAUGUGCAGGUGGACAAGGAAACCUACUACAGCUUGUGGCCUAAAUGGGGCAAAGCAAUGGACAGGAUGCAUGAAUACCUCGAGUGGGCUAAGGAGAAGAGUUUCUCGGAUGAAGAAGUGAUACUGACCAAGGAAGACCUGGAAAUCACUGGGUUAAAAGAUACGCGGGCUGCUUUUGCCGAGAUGGAAUAG